AUGGAGGAUGAUUUGCUCGAGCAGUUUAUGACGUCCAAGAAGUACUUCGUCAUCUUUGUCAACAACUCGCCAGCCCGUUACCGAAACAUUAACGCAUUUGGUAUGUUUCGUUUCGAGGAGUACAAUAGGCCGCAUAAUAUUGUCGUACUGUUCUACGAUAUGCGGGGAAUGUUUGACUGCGUGUCAUUUGAACCGUUUAUGCAAGCGGUGAUCUUUCACAAUCCAGAACGGCCUUCGUUCACCACGCUCGAGCAACUGUUCCGUCGACAGUAUCACAAUCUGCAAGGGUAUGAGCUGACGGUGUACUUUACACGUGGAGACCAAGCAAAACGGCUGCAACGCUCAAACCGAUACUGGUACUUCAUCGAUGUACUGAGCCGUCGUAUCAAUGCCCGCUAUCGUAUCCAUACGGACAAUCUGCACAAAUGGCGAGAGAAUAAACCGAUGGACUUUGGCAUUGUGUACGACUCCUUCCAGACACACCCGAUCCGACGGAUUCCACUAAAGCAGUUCAGUUAUCACUGCAUCCUCUCUCCCAAAAGUGAUCGUAUCCCGUUCAUCCGACUGUUGAUUGAUCCGUUCCGAUGGAACGUCUGGCUGGCGCUUUUGCUUGCCUCAGAGCUGACGAGUUUCUUCCUGCAACGGUACGGCUACCUACAAGGACGCACAUUUUUUAGUGUCAAUUUUGACAUCUUCCAAACGUUCAUCAAUGGGCCACCAAGGACACCGGGAGCCGAAACCACGGCAGGCAACUGUAUCCUUACAGGCUACAUCUAUGCCAGUCUUAUUCUCCUAACUGUCUAUCAGUCGGUAAUGACGGCACGCCUUUCAAAGAUACUGUUUUAUCCUGAGUUUCGUACAGUGGAUGAAGUGAACCGAUCAGAGCUACCCAUUUACGUCAGUCAUUACGUGAAAAAGAUCAGCUCGCUUAACUUUUCGCAUGAGCGUGCGGUACAGUACAGUGGACGGAUGGAAGACGAACCCACCAUGUAUCACAUGGUGAUACCGUGCGAUAUCGCCGAACACUGGAGCCGUGUGCGGUGGGAUGUGGUCCAUCUGGUACAGGAACGAUUGGCCCCGUUUCAGGAUACGUUCGUACUUUUCUAUUACUCACCGUUCGAUGAGUUGCUUGAUUUUCACUGGACAGCCUUUAUUGAAGGCGAUCUUUUUCGAUACUGGACGACGCGAAACCUGUUUAACCGUGAAGAGGACAUAGUUCCUAUCGAUGGAGGGUGGAAAGUGUCUAGUGGCGAUACAGUGAAUGCGUUUCAAGUGUACGAUUUGCUUAUUUGUUGGACGAUCUUGGGCGUUGGAGUAUGUUCGAUUAUUGCCUUCUGUUUGGAGACGUUGAUGGUCGCCAAUUUGAACGGAAUUUUUAAUUGUAUAAUGUCAACGAUCAAACGAUUGUCAGCAUUUAUCAAACACAUGCUGUCAAAAUGUGCUUGCUUCAAGCAAAAUCAUUGUAACAUUUUGAAAAAAGGAAAAGAAGAUAAAAAGAGAACAAACAUAUCAAAAGAUAAGGCAAAACCACAACGAUUGUAAGGAUUAGAUGAGGUUUUCAAUGAUUUGAC